CUGAAAAUGGCGUCUAGUUUGUAAAAAUUGCGUCUUUUUAGCUUUUUCAUGUAAAAUUACAAAGAAUAGCAUGCGAUAAUGAAGUAUUUCGAAAAAUGCAAGUGUUGCCUUCAAGAUGGGGAUGGGGAGUUGAGACAUAUGUGGGUUCAAUACGUUGACGACGGAGGGGCAGAAAUAUUCGGAGAAAUGUUGAACGAUUGUUUUGCUUUAUCAUGGCAAGAAUCGAAGGAGUAUACAGAGCAGAUCUGUGAAUCGUGUAUCAAGAAGUUACGCGACGCAUUGUCCUUCAGAAAGGAGGUUAUCUUUGCCAAAGAGAUCCUGGAUGAGGUUGCUGGUAUGAAGGCGUCUGAUGAUGAAAGGGAUGACAACUCAGACUACAAAGUAUAUGAACAUGUGAAAAAUGAAUGGUUGGAGGAGAGACAGGUCGAGGAUUCACAGGAUGAGCAUCUACCAGAUGAAGAUGAGAUGCAAGUGGAAUAUUUAGAGGACGAUGAUGAAGCUCGAAUAGUACUAGGCAAGAAACCGAGCCUGCCAAAGAAACGCAAGCGGGGUGAACACGUUAAGGCCCACGAAAAGUAUAUGAAUGAGGACUUAAACACUGCUAUGGAGAUGGUUCUCACCAACCAGAUGACCAGGAACGAAGCCUCAAUUCAGUACGACAUACCUAUCAAGACGCUGAGAGCCAAACUGAGGGAAAAGGAAGAUGAACCCAACGAGUCGAAACAAGCCAAGUUCAAUGAGGAACUUCGAGCGAUAUUAACCUACACCAACGCAAUACCUUUUAAGAGUAGUAUCAGUACUUUCUACUGCGCGUAUUGCUCGAAAGAAGGCCCGUCGUUCGAGGACCCUGUCUUACUACGGAAUCACACUCGAACUUACCACAAGGAAGAUCGACUCGACAUCGAAACAUUUUUCAAACCCACGAAAGAAGUGGUUAAGUUUGACAUAGAAAACCUGCAUUGCACUGAAUGUGAAUCUCCCAUAGAAAAUUGGAACGCAAUGUUCCGUCAUUUGCAAGAGACUCAUGGUGUGGUUUUGGACGAGGCCUACACCAAAGCUAUACCGUACGUCUUGAAAGAAGACAUUGAAUGUGCUCUGUGUAAUGAAAGCUCACCGCAUUUCCACAAAUUGGACGCCCAUAUGAACGCUCACUACGACAAUUACAUCUGCGGAGAAUGUGGUGAGACUUACCUGUCGAAGACUCGGUUGAAAACACACACAGAGACACACAGUACCCAAAGAUUCCCCUGUCCGGAUUGCGACAGAGUUUUCACCUUAAGAAAGUAUAGACGAAGGCAUUUCGAGCGGGUUCACCUUCUCGGGACGAAGUUUCGUUGCAAAUUCUGCACUGAAUCGUUUCCCAGAGAGUACUUGAGACAUUUACACGUCCUAUCAGCGCAUAUGGAGAAGACAAAGUCGAUAAAAUGCGAAUUGUGCGACAUGACGUUCACAUGGCGGCCGUAUUAUGUAAAACAUUUGAAGCUAAAACAUCAGGAAAGGGAAAAGAAGUUUAAGUGCAAAAAGUGUUCGAAGACAUUCCACAUGAAAUACGAGUUAAAGAAUCACGAAGAUUGGCAUGAAGGGAAGGGGUACACUUGCAAUGUAUGUGACAGGAAGUUCGCGUCGAAAACUUACCUGCAAAAGCAUUGCAAGACGCAUACAACAACGAAUGAUUCCGCUGUCCUGGUGAUCGUGAAAGAUGUUGAUAAGGAUGUAGGAAGGGAGGAAAAACAAGAAAUGAUUGUGGAGAAAGAAGUGACAAAGGGGCUGACUGUGACAAAAGGGCUGACUGUGACAAAAGGGCUGACUGUGACAAAAGGGCUGACUGUGACAACGGGACAGACUGUGACAAAAGGGCUGACUGUGACAACGGGACAGACUGUGACGAAGGGGCUGACUGUGACAACGGGACAGACUGUGACAACGGGACAGACUGUGACAACGGGACAGACUGUGACAAAAGGGCAGACAGUGAAAAAGGUAGUGACAGUGAAAGGAAGAGCGGUAAGAAGAGCAAAAGAUGAAGAAAGUGACGAGUGAUAGUCAAAAUCUGUCAUUUUUGCUAUUACUUACGCGUCUAAUUCUUAUUAGGGUAGGCAGAGCCACAACCCACAACCACGCUUGGUAUUGGAGUUCUAACAACAUGUGACCAACCUCAGCAACCCUGGUGUCAGGAUUGCUAUUGUAUUGAUCUGCCAAAAGCCCCUGACAUGGCUUAUGAAUCACGACGGAUCAUUGAUGAACGCUGAUGUCAGAUUACUCAUACUCAACACACCAUUAGACCGGCCAAGUAGUUAAUGCAAUCUGCAAUACAUUAAGUAAGUAGUAAUCGAGUUAAUGUGUCGAUGAACUUAAAAGGUUAGAAACGAAGAAAAAUCUGUACAGCUCCAUCUAUAUUGUAUCUGAGGAACCCUGGAAAGUGCCUCAUUAUGUCGCCAAUGAAUUUUUUUAGUUAUUAAUUCCAUGUUAUUUUACCAAUUAAAGUAUGUACAUAAUA